CAAGCUAGCUCCCACAUGGUUCCCUCGAAACCCGAACCGAAAACCCGGUAAAAUUACUGAACUCCAUUCAGAACCACCCGGAAAAUCGUCUUCAUUUUCUGUGUAAUUUAGCAAUAUCUAUUUGUUGCCUAUAAAAGCUAAAGUUCCAAAUUCCAUUUUCAGUAAACUUUUUGUUCCCUAAUAAAUUCUUAUCAAUAAUUCAAUACAUGGAUCAAUUAAGUACAAAAUUAUUCUUAUUUUUCCUCACACUUUAUCUUUCAUCAUCACUGGUGAUAUCAACAACCUUCAUAUUUGUUAACAAAUGCAACUACACAGUUUGGCCGGGACUUCUUUCCAACGCCGGAAUUGCGCCGAUUUCAACCACCGGUUUCGUUCUCCAAUCCGGCGAUUCUAAAUCAAUCACUCCACCCGCUUCCUGGGGAGGCCGUUUCUGGGGACGCACACACUGUUCCCAAGACUCCACCGGAAAAUUCACUUGCCUCACCGGCGAUUGUAACUCCGGUAAACUUGAAUGCUCCGGCAACGGAGCCACACCACCUGCUACCUUAGCGGAGUUCACUCUCGACGGAUACGGUGGACUCGAUUUCUUCGACGUGAGUUUAGUUGACGGUUACAACGUGCCUAUGUUGGUCGUUCCACAAGGUGGCUCCGGUGAUAACUGUACGAGUACUGGUUGCGUUGGGGAUUUACUCACCGCCUGUCCAUCAGAGCUUAGGGUUACGAGCGUGGACGGGAAAGAGAGCGUCGCGUGUAGAAGUGCGUGUGAGGCGUUUGGAUCGGCGCAGUAUUGUUGCAGCGGCGCGUAUGGUUCGCCUAACACUUGCAAGCCUUCGAGUUAUUCUCAGAUGUUUAAGAACGCUUGCCCACGCGCGUAUAGCUACGCGUACGAUGAUAAGACUAGCACGUUUACAUGUGCUUCUGCUUCUGAAUACAUAAUCACGUUUUGCCCUCCCGCUAAUAGCAAGUUCCCCAGUCAGAAAUCGUGGCAGGGACAAAAUCCGAAAUCAGAUGGCAGUGAUUCAUCCGCGCAGCUUAACAACGGUUCAAUGGUGUACGUUGGUGCCUAUGAUCAGAGUGAAAUAUCAUGCUCGACUUGUAUCCAUAUAUGGAAAUCCAAAACCCUUCUCACUAUCACAACGGCUAUGUGGUUCUUGUGUCACAUUUUCCAGUUCUAAUCACUGCCUCCUUCAACCUUAAGAUUAGGUUCAUGAGCCACGUUUCCCACAAAAUUAGGUUCAUGAACCCACGUUUCCUAUGCAUAAAGAAUUGUCGGAACCUCUAUAUCAUUGUUUAAUUCAUUGGGCCCGCAUAUCUUGCCAUGGUGACAAGCAUGUUAGUCAUUUUAUCGUGUCCUUAAAGGCUGUGUGACUCACUACGAAGGGAUGAUAUUCCAACCUUAAGAUAGAAAAGCCCUUAAAACAAAGAGGUAAAUACAUUCUACUUAUGGAUGAAAAACUAUGAUAGUGGGUGGCCAAUGGCCAUUAUUUAUUUCCAUGUCGUUGAGAUGAAGAGGUAUACAUAGAAUUGAAUUGAAUUAUUUGUAUUGUGGGCUAUGCUAUUCAUUUAUUGGUCAUAGAAUAAUAACAAUACGAGCUAAUGGACUCGUUUUUUAAGUA